AUGUCAUGGAGCGCGAAAAUAAUUCCCAAUUGCAUGAGAUCAACGAUGUCCAAUCCCACCACUGCCAAUCCCACGAAACAAUACAGCAGCCGUCCCACGACCGUGGGGCAAUCCAGCUCAAACCGCCCCCCGCCAUACCAUGGCGGUGUCUAUCUUCACCCUGAUUACAUGCACUACAACCCCAAUUAUGGCCAGCCACAAAACGCCCCAGUCUGGAGUCUGUCGCAACCGUUGCCUCAUGUUAUGCGAUCAGGAAUGAAGAGGGGCGACGAUCAAGACGCAAAAGCCACAGACAAACGACCCAAUGCACACCAAGAAGAAGUUCCCGCGGCAGACGAACCACCAACCGAGCACCCGGCUCACAAUGCCGACUUCGACGCAGAAAAGAACCAACCCGAAGCCCGAGUCUCCCAACCGGACGAACGCGGCUUCUUCAACAAGUGGGGGGAAAUCCGACACCGGUUCCGCGAACCGCUGGCCGAGUGGCUCGGCACAACCGUCGCCAUGACACUCGGCCUCUGCGCAGGCCUGCAGACAUACACCUCGCAGAACCAGGCGGGGUCGUUCUCAUCGCUGGCGCCAGCGUGGGGGUUCGCGUUCAUGAUCGCCAUCUACAUGGCGGGCGGGGUUUCAGGCGGGCACUUGAACCCGGCGAUCACGAUCAGCAUGGCUGUCUGGCGGGGGUUCCCAGCGAGGAAAUGCAUGGUCUACGUCGCGGCGCAGAUCGUCGGCAGUAUUCCCGCCGGGGGGAUUGCGUACGCGCUUCUCCGGCCAGGCAGGCGCUGCUUACUGCGCCGAAGGACUUUGCGCACCCUGUUACGGCGUUUUUCAAUGAGUUUGUCGGGACGGCGAUUCUGGUGGGCACGAUUAUGGCGCUGGGGGAUGAUACGAAUGCGCCGCCGGGGGGGGGGCAUGCAGGCGUUUAUCCUGGGGAUAUUGAUUAGUGUGCUUGUUCUCGCGCUGGGGUAUAAUAGUGGAGGAUGCUUUAACGGCGCGCGUGACUUUGGUGCGAGAUUGGUUGCCCUCAUGGCCGGAUGGGGAGGCGAGGUCUUCCGCGAGAAACAUGUCUGGUGGAUCUGGGGGCCCUGGGCUGCUGAUAUCACCGGUGGACUGUUUGGUACGUUCAUUUAUGAUCUGGCGAUCUUCACCGAGGCCGAAGGUCCGAUCAAUUAUCCGCGUCGCCGACGCAAGAGAGCGCUGUUGAUCAAGGAGAAGAAUCAAAUGGUUAAACUGCGCUGUAAGCGGAGGAAAAUUCGGGAUGUAGAGAGAGCUGUUCGUGAGGUUGAGCAGUAG